AUGGUCCACCGAUCGAAACUCGAUUCAAGCCACUCUUGCACUCGGUUGACGAGGAGUGGCUAUACCGGCCCAAGUCUCUUAUCGAAUUUCCGGAAGGAUAAUGGUCCUGUCAAGCCUGAACCAGCAACAGAUGACGAACCGAUCAGCUCAAGCGAAGAAGAGAAGGAGAGCAAUCCCGAUCACACAGAGUCCGAAAAUGAGUCCAGACCCCGUCUGCCAACGAAAACAUUGGAGGAGAAGCUAGCGGAGAGCACUCAGAGAAGUGGAAAGGAACUACGAUCUUCACUAUCGAAGAGUUCGCCGCAGAAAUCCCGGGGAACAAGCCGCAAGAGAACGAUAGACGCAGUAAACAAAGAUGAGAGCGACGCAGAUGGGGACCCAUUUUCGCCUAUACGUUCGUCGCAAAGUCAUAAGAGACGCAGGUUUACGGCUUAUCAAUCGAAGAAUAGUCGCAAGGCCGAUAUGUACGGGAAAACGCCCAGCUCUAGCAUGGCUUCUCGACAGUCGGAAUCCCCUUCUGCUGGUACUCGGAAGCCGAAGUCCAAGUCCCAAAAAUCCGAGACCCAAUCGGUAAAGGAAGACAGGGUAUCCAAGGAAGAUGGCUUCAAGGUCCCGAUGGAUAUCAACAUCGACGUCGCCAGCCCGGUUUCUAAGCCGCGUCCGGAGUUCAAGCAACCGCUGCCUCUCCCUAAUGAUGGCAUAUCCAGCUCUUCGUUUGUUACUUCGUCUACUCGAGAAGCACAGGUUUUCGACGUUGAUAGUGAUGAUUCCCCCCCGAGCACUCCACUCAGUUCGGCUGAUUCGUCAAUCUUGGAAAUGCUGCGCGAGAUGGACGAUGACAUACUCGCUAGGAAGGAAGAAGUUGGAGACACCACACCAAAUGAAGGACCGCUGUGUCCCAUGUGCAAGGCGCCUGUAGAUGCUGAACUUCUGAUGAGGUUUCAAGCCCAGCCGAAACAGCGCGUUCGCGAUCAGCAGCGCUUCUGUGAAUCGCACAAGCAGAAAUCCGCUGAGACAGAGUGGCAGAAGAAAGGAUAUCCGAACAUUGACUGGGAUAAGUUUGACGACCGCAUUCAAGGCCACUUUGACGAGCUUGAGGCCCUCCUUGUCUCAGAAAGCCCCUCCUAUUACAGAAAUAUUCUAGACACAAACCUGAAGUCAGGUAAAGCAAAAAACUUCCGACUCACGCUGGCCGGAGAUGGUAUCGAGACUAUUUCUUGCGGCUACUAUGGUACGCGAGGUGCCGGUAAAAUGCUGCAUGCGUUAACCUCACGUUUCUCUCAUAAACUACGCCGUCUAGCGGCUAGCGAUCAUAUCGUUAAGAAAGCUGGAGUUGUGCCCUAUGCUCAGGCAGUACUUGUCCCUGAGUUGGCCGUCCGUCUGGUUAAGGAGGAUAUGGGAGUCAAUGACGAAUCCGCGCGACAGAUUCUACGAGACAGUAUCGAUCUAGGUGAGAAGUUCAACUUCGCCUUGGAUGACAAGGUUCCAAUCCCAGUGGACGAGGAGGGUAUUAUCACGGCGGAAUAG